AUGCCACCACCACCAGCCGCACUUAAGAAAAAAACGGGAACAAAAAAUCCGCCCAUUCUUAGUCAAGAAUAUCUCAUUCAAAAUCAUGGUGAUAUUGCCUGUGGUAUUUUGAUGCUUGUAGCAUUAGGUACAGUAAUUCAAGCAACAUCACCUUAUUGUACGGCAUUUUUUGGUCCACGUCAUAAUGUAACAACUUUUGAUUCAUUAAAUGCUACACCAGCUCCACUUUUUAAUUAUGGUUAUAAAGAUUUAGCUAUGCUUUUUUCAUAUACACUUAUCUGUAUAACUGCUCAUGCUAUUUGGCAAGAAUAUGUUUUGGAUAAAUUAUAUAAAAAAUUACAUUUAUCGAAAUCUAAGAAUGCUAAAUUUUUUGAAUCUGGUCAACUUAUUCUCUUUUAUAUUGUUAGUGUUCUUUGGGGAAUAAUGUUAUUUAAUGAAGAAUCUUAUUUUCGAUCAGGAUUAGAAUAUCUUUGGCGUGAUUAUCCUUAUACUGGUAUGUCAACAUGGACAAAACUUUAUUUUAUUGUUCAAUUAGCAUAUUGGUUACAUAAUUUCCCCGAAUUAUAUUUACAAAAAGUUCGAAAAGAAGAUAUGCCAGCUCGUAUUGUUUAUACAAGUUUAUAUUUAAUAACAAUUCUCUAUGCUUAUUUAACACGUUUCUGGCGUAUAUCACUUGUUUUAUUAACAAUACAUUAUUUAAUUGAAAUAUUCUAUCAUUCAUCACGACUUGCACAUUUUUAUGCUACUAUUAAAACAGGUUCAGCUACAGCUAAAUCAAUGUCAACUUAUUUAUUUAAAAUAUGGAAUGUUAUUUUUGUUUUUGGACGUCUCGCUUCAGUUGUUUUAGCCUGGUUAACAUUUUGGUUUGGUUUAAAAACUUCAUCAAUCAAUAAAAUUACAUUUACAACAGCUCCCGUAACAAAUACAAAUGAAAAUAAUGGUACAUUGAAUGAAUCCAUUAUUAUCUCAAAUUUUAAUACACCUGCUGUUCGACUUUUUACACUUGCUGCUACCGGUGUCUUACAAUUCUGGCUCGUUUGGAAUUUUAUUCAAUUUCAUAUGCGUCGUCGACGUGAACAACGCAAUACACGACCAACAGCAAUGGCUUCACCUAAAGUGCCUAAUAAACUUAAACAAAAAGGUUUAACAAAUGGAAAAUCUGAGAAUGAUGAAACAGUUGAACAACCGGUUCUUGCUGUUAGUGGUCAUAGCAAUAAGAAAAGCAAUUAA